AUGAUGAAUAUCAUUUUAUUUCUUCUUUUUCUUAUUUUGCCUUGUUCAUCUUUACAACAAGAUCCAUCAUUAACAUAUUGUCAAAAAGCAUCAUCGGCAUGUAUUUUAACACCUGAACAAACUGAAGGUCCAUACUAUUGGAAUAGUACAUUUGUUCGACAAAAUAUUUCGGAAGAUCGUUCUGGUAUUCGAUUUCGUCUUCAAGUACUUGUAUUGAAUGUAAAUACAUGUCAACCAAUCGCUAAUGCUAUUGUUGAUUUAUGGCAUUGUGAUGCUCUGGGACUUUAUUCACAUUAUAUUUCUGCUAGUAAUCAAAUACCAAAUCCUCAAAAUGAUAAUCAGACAUUUCUUCGAGGACUUCAAAUAACAAAUAAUGAUGGUAUAGCAACAUUUGAUACUAUUUAUCCAGGUUGGUACGCUGGUCGAACAAUUCAUAUACAUAUUAAAGUACAUAUUGGUGGAGAAUAUAAUAGUGAAACAAGUCUUUAUUCCGGUGGUACUGUUGUUCAUACAGGUCAAUUAUUUUUCAAUGAUUCAUUUAGUGAUACAGUUGCAGAACAAUCACCAUACAAUUCUCAUAAUGUUCGACGUACAUUAAAUAGUCAAGAUGGUAUUUAUGCAAGUGGCGGAAGUUAUACAUUAAUGGAUAUUCAAUAUGAAAAUGGAAAUUUAGGUUUUCCUGGUGGAUUAAUAACAACUGUUACUCUAGGAGUUAGUUCCAAUUUAUUAUCUAGUGAAACAACAACAUCUACUACUAAUCCUAUAGGACCAAAUCCUAGUUGUGGUAGUAACAUUUUUAUCAACGUAUAUGUGAUUUUUAUGUUAUUCUUUUAUCUUAUUAUAUAA